AUGCAGAGGUUGAAGUGGUGUAAAGAUGAAGGAUUUUGUCAAAGAGAAAUUGGUUUUGUUGUGGACUUAUGUUUGAUGCCAAGGUGCGGAUCUGUGGUAGGCAUGAGGUUUGUAGCAGGAUACAGGGGUCAGCAGGUUGAUGCAGAAGGUCUGACUUGUACAAGGUUUUGGUCAAGGUCCUAUGUUGAGUCCUUUUCAAUUCAACUCAUAAUUUUGGAGGCUAGCAAUCUGGAUGUCGUAUGGUUUGUGUAUUUACUCUCAAUGUUCAUAAAAAGGUAUACAACAGCAGGAUUAUGGUACAGGCUAGUGGGUCCUUGCGCGAAGGUUUUGGAGUGUAGCAGGAAAAAAGUGGCAGGAUUGGAGCAGGCUGCUGUGAAAAGUGCUUGGUUGUACACUUUGGUGAUGUAG